UUAUUCUUAUAAUUAUCAAAUUAACAAAAAGGAAAACGAAAGCGAAGUUACGAAGGGGUGAAAUUGAGAACAAAACAAAGAUGAUGAGCGCCACCAGUCCACCCUCCAAUUAUCCACCAUUCUCAUUCUGUCACCCUUCAUAGUUUCUCUGCCUACAUCACGGAACGCCUACCCAGUAAAUCUAGCAUAGUUUUUUAGAAAUUACAGUCAAAUCCUACCUGCUCUAUUUUCGGAAAAUUAGUUUAAUCAAUUUUGAUUCUUUUAAAUACACUUGCUCAGCAGCCCCCAAAUCCCCUGUUAUUCAGAGAAAAAACAAAUCUUCCCCUUUUGCAUCUUUGUUGAUGCUCAUUGAAGCUGCCCAAUAGAGUGAAAGAUGGUUGCUUUUGGGAAGAAGCUGAAGGAUAGACAGAUUGAAGAAUGGAAUGGAUAUUACAUCAAUUACAAACUCAUGAAGAAAAAGGUGAAACAAUAUGCUCGCCAGAUUGAGGCAGGAGGUGUAGAACGCAGAUAUGUCCUCAAAGACUUUUCAAGAAUGCUCGAUAACCAGAUUGAGAAGAUUGUUCUUUUUCUACUUGAGCAACAAGGGCUGCUUGCAAGCAGAUUAGAGGAGCUUGGGUUACAACAAGAUGCUCUUCAAGAGGAACCAGAUUUUAUUAAUGCAGUUGGGUUGCGUAAAAUUCUCAAGAAAUUUGAUAAACGUUUCGGUUAUAGAUUUACUGAUUACUAUGUAAAAACUCGGGCAAAUCAUCCUUAUUCUCAACUUCAGCAAGUCUUUAAGCAUGUGGGUUUAGGUGCAGUGGUAGGUGCCAUUUCUAGAAAUCUUGCAGAGCUUCAAGAUCGUCAAGGGAGCUAUCUAUCAAUUUAUGAUCAACCCGCUCUUCCUCUCCAGGAACCAAUAAUCGACACCAUAAUAGCAGCAGUGGACAGAUUAAGCUACUCAACAAAUUUCCUGACCUUUUUAGGGCAACAUGCUCUGAUCAUGCAAGAGGAAUUACCAACACCUUUGGAAGAACACAUCGAUGAUGAAAGAUACCAUUUCAUGUCACUUAUGUUGAACCUAGUCAACACCUUUCUUUACAUGGUCAACACUUAUAUCAUUGUUCCAACAGCAGAUGACUAUUCAAUGAGCCUAGGAGCUGCUGCAACAGUUUGUGGGAUUGUGAUUGGUGCCAUGGCUGUUGCACAGUUGUUUUCUUCUGUUUAUUUCAGUGCUUGGUCAAACAGAUCUUAUUUCAGACCAUUGAUCUUUAGCAGCAUUGUUCUUUUCAUGGGUAAUGUCAUGUAUGCAAUGGCUUAUGAUAUGAACUCCAUUACAGUGCUUUUACUUGGUCGUGUGUUUUGCGGGCUUGGUUCAGCUAGAGCUGUGAACAGAAGGUAUAUCAGUGAUUGUGUGCCUUUAAAGAUCCGGAUGCAGGCUUCUGCAGGUUUUGUUAGUGCAAGUGCUCUUGGAAUGGCUUGUGGGCCCGCACUUGCUGAGAACCUGGUCAACCAAGGGAUGAGAAUCAUGCACCCGAAUCUACCACGGCUCCCACGAAUAGCGAUUGAAGAAACUACAGAAGAUUCACGUGCACCCAUUAAUUCUAUAGGAGCAGCCUACAGAUUGCUCACGCCUUCGGUCAAGGUUCAACUUUUGAUUUAUUUCAUGUUGAAAUACGCGAUGGAGAUAUUGCUUUCAGAAUCUAGUGUUGUUACCACAUAUUACUUCGGUUGGACUACUGGAAAAGUUGCAAUCUUUCUUGCGUGUCUCGGUUUGACUGUUCUUCCUGUCAAUAUGAUUGUUGGAAGCUACAUCAGCAACAUGUUUGAAGACAGACAAAUUUUACUGGCAUCUGAAAUCAUGGUCUGUUUCGGUAUUCUCAUGAGCUUUCAUGUCAUCCUUCCGUACUCCGUCCCACAAUAUGUUGUUUCGGGACUCAUCAUGUUUGUCUCAGCCGAAGUGUUAGAAGGUGUGAAUUUGGCGCUUCUGUCACGGGUGAUGUCAUCAAGGCUGUCACGUGGGACAUUCAAUGGGGGGCUGCUAUCAACGGAAGCAGGAACGAUUGCUCGGGUGAUUGCAGAUGGCACAAUCACACUUGCAGGGUAUUUAGGGGAAAGCAAACUUUUGAAUGUCACAUUGUUGCCUUCACUUGUGAUUUGCAUAAUGUCGAUUGUUGCCACUUGUUUCACGUACAACUCUUUGUACUGAUUGAUUAAUAAUGAUGAUGAAGAUUGGAGUAUUUUGUUUGGUGUGUAUGAUAUUCGAUAGGUGAUUAUUUUUGGACGUUGCAUUGGUGUACAUUCUUAUGAGGCAUGUUUCAGUUUAUUAUUUGAUCAUGUGAUUUUUGGAGAAUUUUUUGUUUUGGUUG